GUUUUUGGCGCAAACGCUCCUCUCAUCCCCUCUGUUACCUGUUUUCUCCCGGGAAAAAUUAAGAACAGCGGCGGCGAGUCGGUGAAAGACUUUCCUUCCUUUUACUACCUACGCCUAAACCCUCCCCACUCUAUUCCACCAUCCAAAUCUAAUUCUCUACUCCUCUCUCUCUCUCUCUCUGGGUCUAGGGUUUCUCUCUAGACCCUUCCCCACACACUUUAUAUCGCAAUUGCGAUCCCCAAUUUCUCUGUAAUUUACUAUGGACGAUCCCAUGUCCCCAUCAGUAACAAACCAAUCGGGAUUCAGAGUACCUUCGUCAUCGUCAUCGUCGGCACUGUCGUCUCCUUCUUCUCCCCUGGUUAAAACCCUGCCGAACAUGCCCCGAGCGUCUCCUACGCUGGACCCUCCAACCCCCUCCCGCCAAAUCGAUCGAAUGGUGGGUAUGGGUUACCACCCUUCUCGUUCCAGGACAAUCUACAGCGACAGGUUCAUACCCUGCAGAUCCAGCUCCAACUUCGCCCUCUUUAACAUCUCCCCGGCUUCCACGCCGCAGGGUGACGGCCGGGAAGACAGCCCCAGUGCUUACACGACGCUUUUGAGGACAGCUUUGUUCGGCCCGGAUUCCGGAGUCGUCCCGGCGACGCCGGAAAAGCUUGUGGGAGCGGACGGGAGAAGCUUGCCUGUGAACUCUCCGAGUCCUAACAUCUUCCGGUACAAGAUCGAAACUCGGCAGUCGAUGCAUUCCCUCUCGCCUUUCGGGUUUGAUGAGGAUUUGCCUGGGGUUAGUCCUAGUCCCGCGAAGGCUCCGCGGAAGGUUCCACGCUCUCCUUUUAAGGUUCUGGACGCCCCUGCACUGCAAGAUGAUUUUUAUCUGAAUCUUGUGGAUUGGUCUUCCCAUAAUGUAUUGGCUGUGGGAUUGGGUAACUGCGUCUAUUUAUGGAACGCUUGUAGCAGCAAGGUGACAAAGUUGUGUGACUUGGGAAUUGAUGACAACGUCUGUUCAGUAGGCUGGGCUCAGAGGGGGACACAUCUUGCUGUUGGGACGUGCAAUGGAAAAGUCCAGCUUUGGGAUGCAUCUCGCUGUAAAAGGGUGAGAACUAUGGAGGGUCAUAGAUUUCGUGUUGGGGCCCUUGCCUGGAGUUCAUCCAUGUUGUCUUCUGGUAGCCGGGACAAGAGUAUUCUUCAACGUGACAUACGUGCUCAGGAUGAUUUUGUUAGUAAGCUCACUGGACACAAGUCAGAGGUUUGUGGAUUGAAGUGGUCUUACGAUAAUCGUGAAUUGGCAUCUGGUGGAAAUGAUAAUAGGCUUUUUGUGUGGAAUCAAAGUUCAACUCAACCUGUUCUAAAAUUCUGUGAGCAUACUGCAGCUGUUAAGGCCAUUGCAUGGUCCCCCCAUCUUCAUGGACUUCUUGCUUCAGGGGGUGGUACUGCAGAUCGAUGCAUACGCUUUUGGAAUACAACCACCAACUCUCACCUGAACUGUAUUGACACUGGAAGUCAGGUAUGCAACCUUGUGUGGUCCAAGAAUGUCAAUGAACUUGUCAGCACACAUGGAUACUCCCAAAACCAAAUAAUAGUUUGGAGAUACCCAACAAUGUCGAAGGUACUAAUCUGGAUGAAACUAUUCUAUCCACUGCAAUAUUGCUUGCUUUUACUUUUGCUGAUAACCCUUCUGUUAAUCCAGUUGGCAACUCUUACUGGCCAUACCUACAGAGUUCUUUAUCUUGCAAUAUCACCUGAUGGACAGGUAGUUCAUGUUCCGUUCUCUCUUUAUUAUCACAUUCUUAUCAAUGAAUAAGGUGUGAUGCAAUUUGCUCACCAAAUUAUUAUGCAUUUACUUUGGCUCACAUAAUUGCAACAAUUGUUUCAGACAAUUGUAACUGGAGCAGGCGAUGAAACACUCAGGUUCUGGAAUGUGUUCCCUUCUCCCAAAUCUCAGGCAAGUAGCUUUUCUUUUCUUUUAUGAUAAUAGAACUUUAUCUGGGGUUUCUUUUCUGAUUUUGGUUCAAAAGUUCUUUUUUACUCCAUUGCCAAGUUUUAUUGGUUACCAUGUGGGAGUAGUAACACAUGCAAGUACGGGAGCUCACACAAUAUUUGCUUAGCAAAAGCAAGAAGGUAGCUCUUAUUAUAUGGAUGGGAUUUUUAUGCAGAACACUGAAUCCGACAUUGGGGCCUGUUCUCUUGGAAGAACCCAGAUCCGGUGAACCGUGGAGGCCUUCAUUUUUUUAACUUGAUUGCUCUCCAAGACCCUACUGUUGUCCUGAAAUGAAUGAGAGAAUAUAGUUUCGGGGGCUGAGGAAUGUUCUUGCAAAAGCUGAUAGUUGAAUCAGGUUGCUUGCUUAGACAAACCCGGAGGCAGAAGCAGAGCGAGAAAAUUUGCAAGAGCUUAGGAUGUAAUAUAAUAUGAGUGCAAGUGAUGAAUGAUCACUUGUUCCUCGUGAAUAAAUUAUAUGCGCCCCUCUCCCUGGGUUGGUUUGUUGAUGUGCAGUGGGAGGUGUUAUCAAUAUUUUUAACCCACUCCAUCCACUACUGUAAUUAAGAAAGAACUAUACAAACGGAUGCUUGGAACCUCAUCGCAUAAUUUCUCUGUAAAUAAAUUAUUAUCUAGCCACAUUGUCGGCCCUUGAAUAUACACUUAAAUUUUUAUGAAUACGGAGAUGUGUUAUGUUGCAAA